AUGACCUCACCAUCUCGCCCCUCCGCAACCAACAGCUCUCUCGACGACAUUUUCGGCUCCUCGCCACCACACGAAACCGAACUCCAAAAUCCACCCCGCGAUCAAUACCCCCUCUCUACCGUUGAACCCUCGGAACUCCCCUUCCUCCGUCGCCAACACGUCACAGCCGGGUACCGCGACGGGAUCUCCGCUUCGAAAGGCGAACACGUCCAGCGCGGCUUCGACGCAGGGUUCCCCGUGGGUGCGCAACUGGGAAUGCGAGCCGGGACUGUACUGGGAAUUCUCGAAGGGGUAAUUCGUGGCUACGAGAGUCGGGCAUCCUCAGCUGUGGUGAAGAAACAACUACCGCAGCGCACGGAGGGGUCCAGCUCUGUGAGGGGCAAUGUGGACAACGACAACGACAACGGAUUGGACGAGGAUGGCAUGAAGGAGUUAAGUGUUCAGAGCGUGUUCGGGACCCUUGAGGGUGGCGAGGAUGAGAAACCAGAGACUCAAUUGGCGAGGAAGGGUGAUGUGGCUGUUUCGAAAUGGGAGAAUAGAGUUAUGGUUUCGCAUUGGGAGGAGAAUAUGGACGCUUUGCAGAUGAAAGAUGAGGGGUAUAAGAAAAAUGAGUCGGGGACAGUGGAACAGAGCUGA